AUGGCUGUGCUGAGGCUGGGCCACCACUGGGAUGGCUGGGCCACCACUAGGAUGGCUAGUAAGAUCAUCAGCCAGCUCUCUGAUGCUGACACUAACGCUAACACUGACACUGACACUAACAGUAACGCUAAGGCUGACACUAACGCUAACACUGACACUAACACUCACACUAACGCUAACGCUGACACUAACACUAACGCUGACACUAACGCUAACGCUAACACUAACACUAACAGUAACGCUAACGCUGACACUAACGCUAACGCUAACACUAACACUAACGCUAACGCUAACAGUAACGCUAACGCUGACACUAACGCUAACGCUAACGCUAACACUGACACGAACAGUAACGCUAACGCUAACACUAACGCUAACGCUAAUGCUGACACUAACGCUAACACUAACGCUAACGCUAACACUAACACUAACACUAACGCUAACGCUAACACUAACGCUAACGCUAACACUAACACUAACGCUAACACUGACACGAACAGUAACGCUGACGCUAACACUAACGCUAACGCUGACACUAACACUAACGCUGACACUAACGCUAAUGCUGACGCUAACGCUAACGCUAACGCUAACGCUAACACUGACACGAACAGUAACGCUAACGCUAACACUAACGCUUAA